GCCGGCCUCUCCCCCGCCGUCCCCCUCACCAUCCGAUCCCUCUCCGUCUUCAACCCCACCGACUCCUCCCAAACCCUAAUCUUCAUCGGCACCGGCGGCGGCAAGAUCCUCCUCUUCUCCCUAAACCCUAGCGACUCCUCCGUCGACUUCCUCAAAUCCUCCUCUAUAACCAACCGCGUCAUCGACUCCAUUCUCGUCCUCGACGAGAUCGGAAGGAUCCUCGUCCUCUCCGAUGGGUUCCUCUUCUUGAUCGAUCUCUUCCUGUUGCAGCCUGCGAAGAAAGUUGGGUUCUUGAAGGGGGUGACUGCGUUUUCGAAGAGAAUUCAUUGCUCAGAUGAUGUUGAUGCAGAUAGUUCAGAUCUCUUUGCGAACGACGCUGCGGUGAAAUCGCCUAGAAAGAGUUUUCUUAAGAAAUUGGCUAAUGGAAGUGGGACUAGGGUAUCGGAAGCGAAGAGAGAAGAGGGCUCGAGUUGCUUUGUGGCGGCCGCAGCAGGAAAAGGUUUAGUGCUGAUGAAGCUCAUGUCGCCGAUUUCAGAAGUUCAGUCGGAUUCUGAGUACGGCGGAAUUUCUGUAGUUUGGAAGGAGAUUCAGGGGAUUGAGGGUGUAAAGACUAUGACUUGGCUUGGGGAUUCAAUGAUUGUUGGCACUUUGGAUGGUUACACACUCUUUUCGAUUGCUAGUGGGAAGAUCACACCGAUAUUUUUGCUUCCAGAAGCUUCUGGACCUCCGAGAUUGAAAUGCCUGCAUAGGAGUAAGGAAGUGUUGUUGUUAGUUGAUAAUGUGGGUGUUGUCGCGAAUGAGUCUGGUCAGCCAGUGGGUGGGAGCUUGAUUUUUCAGUAUAUUCCUGAAUCUAUUGUGGAGAUGGGGUGUUAUGUGAUAGUUGGAAGGGAAGGGCAGUUGGAUUUGUAUUCAAGAAAGAGUGCAGCUUGCAUGCAGUCCUUAUUGGUGGCGAAGGGGAGUGGUGCUCCGUGCAUUUUGGCGAGCAACGAUCGGGGAAAUGGAGAAGUUGUUGUGAUUGCAACGACUCAUAUGGUUAUUUGCUAUCGGAAAGUGUCCGCUGAAGAACAGAUUAAAGUUUUGUUAAGGAAAAAGAAUUUUAAAGAAGCUAUUAGUUUGGUGGAAGAAGUUGACUCUGAGGGUGAAAUAUCCAGAGAAAUGCUCUCGUUUGUGCAUGCACAAGUGGGGUUCCUAUUACUUUUUGAUUUACAUUUUGAAGAAGCAGUGAACCAUUUCUUGCUUUCAGAAGCUAUGCAGCCAUCUGAAAUCUUUCCAUUUAUAAUGAGGGAUCCAAAUCGCUGGUCUUAUCUGGUGCCAAGAAACCGAUAUUGGGGAUUGCACCCUCCUCCUGUGCCUCUUGAGCAAGUUGUCGAUGAUGGGCUUACGGCAAUUCAGCGAGAAAUUUUCCUCAGAAAAGCUGGUGUAGAUACUACUACAGAUGAUAACUUUCUUUUGAAUCCGCCUAGUAGAGCUGAAUUAUUGCAGUCCGCAAUUCAAAACAUGAUCAGGUAUCUACGCACUUCUCGGGAGAAGGAUUUGACCCCUCCAGUGAAGGAGGGAGUUGAUACUCUUUUAAUGUAUCUUUAUAGAGCCCUCAAUUGUGUAGAAGAUAUGGAGCAGCUUGCAUCAUCCCAGAACAGCUGUGUUGUGGAGGAGUUAGAAACCCUGUUAGAUGACUCUGGGCAUUUACGAACACUUGCUUUCUUAUAUGCCAGUAAAGGAAUGGUCUCAAAGGCUCUUUCCAUUUGGCGUAUCUUGGCAAGAAAUUAUUCAACUGGACUGUGGAUAGAGCCUACAUCUUCAGUGGAAUUUGAUUCUGCAGAUAUGUCUGCAGAUGUAAUAUCUGGUGAAAAGUCUGCUGCUAUGGAAGCAUCAAAUCUACUUAAAGAGUCCUCUGAUCAGGAUUUGGUUCUUGAACACCUCAGAUGGAUUGCAGAUAUUGACCAAGAACUUGCAGUCAUGGUUUUAACGUCAGAGAAAAGGGUCUAUCAGCUUUCACCUGAAGAAGUACUUGCUGCAAUUGACCCGAAAAAAGCUGAGAUUCAGCAGAGAUAUUUGCAAUGGUUGAUUCAGGACCAAGACUGUGAUGAUACUCGAUUUCACACUAUAUAUGCUCUCUCUCUUGCCAAAUCUGCAAUAGAAAUUGUUGACAUUGAGUGUGGUAAUGAUAUUUGUAACGGUAGGAGCUUCAGUGAGAUGAAUAUAUCUGAUGUUGAAGCAGUAGGUACCUACCAAUAUCUGGUUAGGGAGAGAUUGCAGUUAUUUCUACAGGCUUCUGACUUGUAUGAUCCGCAAGAAGUGCUUCAUGUGAUAGAAGGCUCCGAGCUAUGGCUGGAAAAGGCUAUCCUAUACCGAAAGAUGGGGCAAGAAACGUUGGUACUGCAGAUCUUAGCAUUGAAGCUGGAGGACAGUGAGGCUGCAGAACAGUACUGUGCAGAAAUUGGUAGAAGUGAUGCCUAUAUGCAGUUGCUGGAUAUGUAUUUGGAUCCACAAGAUGGCAAGGAACCCAUGUUUAAGGCCGCUGUACGUCUUCUUCAUAAUCAUGGAGAAUCACUGGAUCCUUUGCAAGUUUUAGAGAAAUUGUCUCCGGAGAUGCCUCUCCAGCUUGCCUCAGAUACAAUCUUGAGAAUGUUGAGAGCUCGAGUUCAUCAUCAUCGCCAGGGACAGAUUGUUCACAACCUCUCGCGGGCCAUUGAUUUGGACGCACGAUCUGCAAGGUUGGAGGAGAGGUCGAGGCACGUUCAGAUAAAUGAUGAGAGCACGUGUGAUUCUUGUCAUGCCCGCCUUGGCACCAAGCUCUUUGCAAUGUAUCCAGACGAUUCGGUCGUCUGUUACAAGUGUUACCGCCGUCUAGGUGAAUCAACUUCUCCACAUGGACGUAACUUCAAACAGAAACCCGUAUUUAAACCAGGAUGGCUUGUUAUCAGAUAGCAAAGACCUUCUAUGUCGUCCAUAUCUUCAUACAGUCGUUUGGCUUGGAGCAUUUUCUCUUUUGCUCUCAUUUAAGAGCGAUUGAACACUCCACUCUGCAACUUCGAAGGAGAGAACACCUUGGAGGGUCCGUGUUUUCAGAAUGAUCAGGAAAUCUCUCCUUUAACAGGUUAAUUUUCCUUUUAGAGAUUUUCAUCCUCUGUAAUACUAUACGAUAUCGCUUCAAGGUAUAUACAGCAAUAAUUCUAUUGCAUGUAUUUUCAUUCGUUUUACUGUAAAGUUAGCAUGCAACAGCAGUUAGGAGAAAUUAGUUUACAGCUACCGGGCCCCAGAUAUGGGGAAUAAGUUACAGAGAACAGUGUGUUAAGACAUUUACUAUAAGUACAAUUUAAUCAGCAGAAUACUUUUGAGUAAUAA